AUGAAUCAUUAUUCGACCGUGCAGAUCAUUCCAUUGACAAAUGAGAUUCUACCUGACAUGGACGUCCAUCCCGAAGUAGUCACCCGUCCUUCAAUCAAUAGAUCAUCCUCAAGAUACCUACGAUUGACAACGGCACCUUAUGUGUCAACUACACUACGAGGCCCAACGGAUCGAUAUCGUAUUCUACCAGCUUACCCAACAUCGAUUUUUAACGAUCAACCCUCAUUAUUAUUACCCAAUGUACCAAGAAAUAAGCUCAGCGAAGAACAAUUAGCAUGUCGUACAAGUGGUCACUAUCCAUUGAUAUAUACACUGGAGUCAUCCUAUUUCGAUAUUCCAUCGUAUUUUCGCAAUGACUACCAAGAAUAUAUCAGUUCUUUGAUCUAUAAGUACAAUAUCGAUGAGCCUAUUUUGGAUUACAAUUUAGCUCGUUUCAAACAAUGCUAUGAUACAUUCAUCGAUGAUUAUUGUUAUCAUCAUAGUUGUUCACCAGAACAUUUCGAACUGAAUACGAAACAAAAGAAUUAUGCAGUGGAAUUCUAUCUACAAAUGGAUGUCGAUCUUUUCUUUAUGAAAACAUGUUCGUAUCGAUCAGCGACCGUUCGAUCUGAUCAUGAAGGUCUCUACUGUAUGGAUGAACCAGAAGCGCGUUAUGGCCUGUUACCUUGUAACAAAUGUUCACUUUGUCGUCAAUCGACUUGUCUGACACUUGUACAGUCGUCGUCGUCGUCGUCGUCGCCACCGCCACCACCACCACCACCACCACUAACAACAACAGCCGUUCAAUUUGGGCCCAAGCAAAGAUAUCGUUUUAUGAAUCACUAUGAAACGAUUCUCAAUUGUCCAGCUACUUGUCAAACCCGAAAUAUCAUUUAUGUCUUGACUUGUUCAUGUCGGACUGCGGAAUAUAUUGGUGAAACGAGUCAACGGUUAAGUGAUCGUUUGUGGCAUCAUCGUCAGCAUUUCAAUCGUAUUUUUCACGAGUUUCUAAUCGGUGAACGCAAUGUCAAACUUAGUCAGUCUGCAGCAAAAAGCGUUGAAACAAUAAGAAAGGAUCGCAUGCGUCUGUAUCGGCAUGCGACACGUUGUCCACAUGCAAUGCAAUUAUUUGUGAGCUAUAAUCCAAUCUAUUCAUGCUUCAUACCAGUCGCUGUCAAUGAAGCUAUUCGACAGAAUCGAACUUAUAUUCUACCGCCAUCAAUGAUCGUACACGAUAAGAUCCAGCCCACGUCCAUAGGCACACGAAAUCGUCAUCAUCGACGAGCCACAUCAACGACACGUUCCGAUGAAGCAGCUCGAUCAUGUAUGCGCAAUUUGCCACCAUCACCCACCGGCUAUACAUUUUCAAUUCGUCAACGUAUUGAACAAUUCCAAUAUUUUAAACAGCAAUCCGAUAUUCACAUAAAACCAAAUCAAUCGAACAAUCUAUUUAAUUCAACCAUCAUUGCCGUUUUACCAACGGAUGCAGUGGAUAUUGUUCGACGAUUUGUUGAAGCGUUAUUUAUUACACAUACUGAAGCCAAUCUAAAUAUUGCUGGCCGAUUAUUCAAUAAUAGACAAACGAGUGACGCUUACAAACUGACGACGAACCUUUCAAGCCAUGCUGAGAUCCAAAUGUCGAUGGAAGAACAAAUAGAAGAUCGUGGUAAUUGGUGUCACAAUCUUCUCGUCUAA